AUGACCGCCGUGGUCAAUGUGCCCACACCAGAGUUGUCGCCCUCACAAGCUUCCUCGAGCAACAUGGCUGUCCAGAAACGAGCAUAUCGACAGAGGAGAAAAGACCCCAGCUGUGAUGCUUGUCGGGAGCGCAAGGUCAAGUGUGAUGCUACCGACACGACGAGUUGCUCCGAGUGCUCCAGCCGCAAUGUGCGUUGUCAAUUCACAAAGGAAACGAAUCGUCGCAUGUCAUCGAUCAAACAAGUACAAGAUCUCGAGAAACAGCUCGCACAUGCGCGGGAGCAGGUGGACCAUCUCCGCUCCCUCAUGAAGGAGAACGGAGCGACGAAUAUCGAAAUGGACGGAUUCCGCACUGGACCUGUCGAUCUUCCGCCUCCACUACCCCAGACCCCGCAGCGCGUCCUGCCGAGCCGCAAAGAUUCGUUUUCCCGCGUGCGAUCCAACCUCUUGGACUACAGUCGAGGACUUUUCAAGCCCCCUACCUCGUAUCAAUAUCGGCAACCAAUGACGGUUCUCUCCCACGAAGCCCCGGCCCUUCCCCCUAGAUCGGUCGCGGAUCGUCUCUUGGCUCGAUAUUAUACGGUGGUUCACACUUCUUUCCCCGUUCUGCACUGGCCUACGUUUUACCACGAAUAUGAAGUCUUCUACCAGACCGGGAGACUUGAAGGCGUGUCAAGUGCAUGGCUCCCACAACUUUUCGCUGUCUUUGCGCUGGGGACUGUCACGACCGCGGAGCCUUACACCAAACGACUGGCAGACGUGUCGGCCUAUUUGAGGGUGUCUGAAGCAUGCACAAAUAACUGGAACCAACAAUUUACUGUCGACCACGUCAGAACGUGCCUCUUGGUGAGUAUGUGUUUGAACGAGAUGAAUGCAAAGUCUGGCGCUUGGCUCUGGCUCGGGUCAAGCAUAAGGAUUACUCAGGACAUUGGACUGGACUGUGAACUCGCUUCUACAUCUGCCAACGAUGACGAAAUGAAGAGGAGAGUCUGGUGGGCCGUCUACGUCUGGGAUCGCCUGCUCUCUUUAGAACUCGGUCGGCCUGCAUCAAUUCGUGACGAGGAAUUUGAGGUCACUUUGCCCUUGUCCGUAGAAGAUCAUUACGUCCGGCCUCCUGGGUUCCUUGUAUCCCCGAACCCUCAAGGCGUCUCGAGCCCUGUUCUCGCAAUUAUUACGGUAGCGCGAUUCAUCUCACAGCUUCAAAAGACCUCGAAAAGCUACACAAUCUCAGCUGACUCACUCAAAUCCUUUGAGGCAUAUUUUGGAGCAUGCUUCUCUACGCUCCCCGCGGAGUAUCAAAUAGACAGCCCUGCUCGUCUGGAAACAUCUUCACUUUAUCCCGUUAUUUAUUUACAGAAUGCUCGUCUCUUACUGCAUCGUCUAAGCCUUUCGCCUCGCUUUGCGCGUAGUGUUCGUGGCGCGGCAUUGAAUUACUGCGUAGCCGCUGCCAAGGACACUGUACACUUCCUCUCGCGCUUUGUCCAUGCUCCUACUGCUCCUGGACCAUAUGGUGCACCCGGGCUGGACUGGCAUGUACGGGUUCAGGAAGCAGCUACGGCUAUGCUAAGUACGCACUUGUGGCGUUGCAUUUUAUUCUUGUGCUUUACUGGACAUUACUCUGAAGCCAUUGUCUGCGUACGGGUCAGCGCGGCCAUUGGUGAUCGCUACCCCAUCAAUCUAGCCUGUGGGAGAUAUGCUGCAUUCUUUUUGCACUGUCUUGCUGAACGCAGUCAACGUCCAGGCUGGGACCAUUUGCUCUCGGAUGAGGAGAUGAUUGCGUACCUGAGUGCAGACCUGCAAGGAAAUGUGCACAACAGCUGGACGUGGGAAAGCCAUGAUGUUGGAUUACCUCUACAUCAACGUCGAAUAAAUCCAGCUCUUGGCGGAGAUGAUCUUGCUCGAGACCCGAUGAUUCAUCCUUCUGUCACUUCGCUUACAGAGGCUGAAGCGUCUGAAUGGGGCGGCUGGGAUGGUAUCGAGUGGACCAUCCACGCGCUUAUGAGUGAGCAGCAGCGCCGCACUACCACUGUACAGCAGCAGCAGCUACCGCAACGACUUACACACCAACCACCUCCGCCCAAUGUCGACCGCCAUUUGCCAGUGACCUCUCCGCCGCAUCCGCCGAAUACUUUGCCUUCAUCAUCGACAUCUCGUCUCUCGUUUGGCGGGUACCCGGCUCAACCCCAACCCCCUUCCACCAUCCCAUCAUCCCAUGCACCGUUACCCUUGCCGACGGGCAACAAAGUGGCUGCACAGGCGAACUCGGGAGCUCCUUUCCGCAUGAGCAUUGCAGAUAUCAUCUGA